CAGUGCAGAACGAGAACUAGAAUCACGAGCUCCGAUUGGUGAAAGUGUCUGUAAGUCAAACUCAAAGCCCGCCUCGUUUCUCUGACAUCAUCGUAGCGUCUCUGGCGGAGUGGGCGGGGCUUGUGCUGUACGGACUUGGUUAGCUAGUUACCUGCCGCAAGCACUGAUAUUUACUAUAAAUCCUUUCGCGUUCAGUUCACGAUGAUCCAGUUUCAGAGAUCAGGAUGAAUUGAUUAACAUUUCUCAGAUUGUUUUGUACUUUAGAGGGGGGUGUUUAUAAUUGUUUGCAGUGAGGAAUAAAUCGUGCUGCAUGUCAGUGCUCUAUCAUAAGGACUGCAGUUGGCCUCUGGGUCCAAGCUGCACGAGAUCUGCUGGUCCUGCACUUCCAGUCAUGUUUAUUUCAUAACGAUGGCGUCAAGGAGCACCCUGUGAACUAAAUGACUGUCAGAAAUAUCGCCUCCAUUUGUAAUAUGGGCACCAAUGCCUCUGCUCUGGAGAAAGACAUUGGUCCAGAGCAGUUCCCCAUUAACGAACACUACUUUGGAUUGGUCAAUUUUGGCAACACGUGCUACUGUAACUCAGUGCUGCAGGCGCUGUAUUUCUGCAGGCCGUUCAGGGAGAGCGUGCUGGCCUACAAGGCACAACAAAAGAAGAAGGAGAACCUGCUGACCUGCCUGGCUGACCUCUUCCACAGCAUUGCCACCCAGAAGAAGAAGGUGGGAGUCAUCCCCCCCAAGAAGUUCAUCUCUCGCCUGAGAAAAGAAAACGACCUGUUUGAUAACUACAUGCAGCAGGAUGCUCAUGAGUUCCUCAACUACCUGCUGAACACGGUGGCGGACAUCCUGCAGGAGGAGAAGAAACAGGAGAAACAAAACGGCCGGCUGAAGAACAACGGAAGCACUGAAACCGAGACCGAGAACAAGACCGAGUCCACCUGGGUGCACGACAUCUUCCAGGGUACGCUGACCAAUGAGACGCGCUGCCUCAACUGCGAGACGGUAAGCAGUAAAGACGAGGACUUCCUGGAUCUGUCUGUGGAUGUCGAGCAGAACACUUCGAUAACACAUUGUCUCAGGGAUUUCAGUAACACAGAGACGCUGUGCAGCGAGUAUAAGUACUACUGUGAAACCUGCUGCAGCAAGCAAGAGGCCCAGAAACGCAUGCGAGUGAAGAAGUUGCCCAUGAUCUUGGCCCUGCACCUGAAACGCUUUAAGUACAUGGAGCAGUUACAGCGCUACACGAAGCUGAGCUACCGCGUGGUCUUUCCGCUCGAGCUGCGCCUCUUCAACACGUCUGCCGACGCCGUCAACCUCGACCGCAUGUAUGACCUUGUGGCUGUGGUGGUACACUGUGGCAGUGGGCCAAACAGAGGACACUACAUAACGAUAGUGAAGAGUCAUGGCUUCUGGCUGCUGUUUGAUGAUGACAUCGUGGAGAAAAUAGAUGCACAGGCAAUAGAGGAGUUCUACGGUUUGACUUCUGACAUCUCGAAGAACUCUGAGUCAGGAUACAUCCUUUUUUAUCAGUCCAGAGAGUGACAGGGUCAGAGGAUGAAGGAAGAGGAAAGAAAAAAAAAAACCUUAUGAUGGAAAGUAGGGGACAAAACAAAU